UAACCAGUGAGGGAGGAUACUGUACGCUCUGUUGUCGGCCAGGGUUUACCGUGGUGAUAGAGGACUAGAUGGAGGAGACAGAAGGGGCCGCACCUUUAAGGCAACCCAAAGAAGAUGGUACCUCAACCAGAUACUCGUCGACUAAACGCUACAGUGAGAUUUUACGGGAUUUUGAUAACUUGGAGCUGUCCUUAGUGAACACGUCUGUAGAUGAGCUGCUUCCAGACAUGGAUUGUCAGUCCACAGAUACCCCUGACACCACUUUGGAUUAUUUGGCAAGUGAAGAUGUGGAAAACACACUGGUGUGCCAUGAUGGGGAGGAAAAAGAAGGUGGCAUGUCAGCUCAGGACGCUGAUGUGGCCUUGUGUAGAAGCGAGGGUGGCGUGGAACUUGCGUUACAGUACGCCAAGAUGUGGUGCCGCUAUGCCAAGGAUCUCCUCACCUGGAUGGACAAGAGAAUCAGCCUGGAGCAAGAAUUCGCCAAGAAUAUCAUGAAGGCAGCUGACACAGCAAAGUCCAGUAUUGCUCAUCAGGACCUGAUGCCGCUGCACUCUAUCUAUAGCUUGGCCUUAGAGGAGGAUAUAAAGAGCAGCAAAUCUGCCAAACACACCAUGGAGUUACUGCAGCAGCGCUGCUACCAGUAUUUGUCUGCCAAGCGGAAUGAGAUUGAUAAGUGGCGGCGCGAGUUCAAGGAGCAAUGGACAAAAGAGCAGAAGAAAAUGAAUGAUGUGGUGGCAGCACUGAAGCGAGCUCGCCAGCAGUAUGUGCAGCGCUGUGAGGAUCUGGAAAAGGCCAAAGCCAUGACCGCAAAAGGAGUGGACGAGGCAAGUGGAUCAAAGACAAUUGACAAGAGAAGGAAGUCUCAAGAUGAUGCACAGACGAAGGUUACAGAGGCUGAAUCGUUAUACAGGCAGUGUGUGCAUGAAGCCAAAGUCCAUCAGGAUGAACUAGAGAAAGUGAAGGAGAUGAUUAUUGUGCACAUGCGUAAGCUUAUCUGCCAAGGAGACACUGUACUAAAAGAGGUGACCGUGAACAUGUUUUUUUACCAAAGACAACAGAUGGAACUAAUUCCUCAGAGCUACCAAAACCUGGAGCAGACCUGCAGGCCAAGUGAACCUGGUGAGCCCUAUCUCCGCUAUGUCUUCAAGAACUGCGGUCACGAACAGCCCCUCCCGACCUAUACGUUCCAAGAGUUCAUCCCACAGUGCAAGAGAUCACCAACUUUGGGUCGGCGUAAAGUGAGUAACCCAUUGAUGGUUCUUCAAGACUCACUCAGUGAUGGAAAGCGCACAGGCUGCAGUGACAGUGACAGUAUUGGAGGGAGCCUGGAGUCUCUGUCCAGUCCAGCUCAUGGGAAUAAGCUUUUGAAAGCUCCCUCUACUGGAACUGUUUCCUCUGAUGACCUGGACGAGAAAGACAUAAGUACUGAAGCUGAGUGUUCUGAUCCUUUAAAUGAUAGCAAUGGAGGUUACUCUAAAGUGCGCACCACCUCACGUGCUGCCCUCACUCACAGGCUCAAGAAAACCAAGAGCAAAAUGUCUAAGUGCAAACAGUGUGACAACUUUAUCCUGGUCAGCGGCAUCGAGUGUGAGGAGUGUGGCCUUACAGUGCACAGGAAGUGCCUGGAUUUGUGCCAGACGGAGUGUGAGCGCAGGAGGGGUUAUGUGUUUGGGAUAGAGUUCUCCAUGCUACCCAGAGAGCAACCACAGGACAUUCCCUUCGUCGUACAGCUCUGUACGGAUGAGCUCGAGAGCCGAGCGCUUAAAGUGCAGGGUAUUUAUCGGGUUAGCGGGUCCAAACCUCGAAUACUAAAGCUGUGUCAUGCGUUUGAGACCCAAAGGGACCAGGUUGAACUUUCUGAUCUUUCUCCUCAUGACAUCACCUCUGUUCUCAAGCUCUUCUUCAAAGACCUUCCAGAACCGUUAAUGACCUUUGACCUUUAUAACAACUUUAUCGGAAUUGGCAAAGAGAUUCAGCGUCUCAGUGAGAAGAAUCAUUCAGAUGCGGCGGCUCAAAUAGUGGAGAGUGUAGUGACCAAUCUCAAACAGGUUCUUGCAAGACUGCCUCUGUGCAAUUACAGCACACUGCAGUAUAUGAUGGCCCACCUGAACAGGAUAUCCGAGUGUUUUGACGAGAAUAAGAUGUCCCCAGGGAACCUGGGUAUUGUGUUUGGACCUACUCUUCUGCGCCCCCUGGUGUCUGGUGAUAUUUCCAUGAUAGCUCUUCUGGAAAGCAGCUACCAGGCUCUCUUGGUAGAGUUCAUGAUCUCCAACUACGAUCACAUAUUUAGCCCUGUACAGAGACAAAGUGAGAAACCUUCACCUGCACAGGAGCCUGAUACUGUUGAUGAGCAUGAAGCCAACACACGAGAACGGCCACGGUCUCUAGAGAGUCGCACAUUCAAGCGAGUCUCAAAUGAGGGUUAUAUUUCUGGUACAACAUCGUUCGGUGAGGCAGUGGACCAGCUGAUCCCUAAAUUCAAUGACCAGACAGUCCUGGCUAUAAGAAAUGUAGUGGCUGCUCCACUAGAUCACUUGGAUGAAUUAGAUGCUUAUGUGCCCACUCAAAGGAGUCAUUUCAGCAGACAGACUGUAAAGCAUUUCAGGCAUUCAACAACAAAGGUGCACAUGGCAGACUACCAGCCAGUGGGGAACAAGUACGUCACUGUGGGAACAAAGGAGGCAAUAUGGUUCAUAAAAAGAACAACCAAUAACACACCAAAUGAGGGUGAGUUGACCAAAUGGAUCCAGAGACCCCCUGCAAUGGACAGAAACAUCCAAGUGGCUUUGUCUGGACUAAAACUGAGACGCAGUAACUUAGGGAAAGUUGAACAGCUCUAUUUUGUGUGAGACUGAAUGGUGCAGAACUCAAGUGGGCUCAUAGUUAAUAUACUAUGUAUGAGCACUGACUGGAAUAUGAUUUUUACUUAUUAUGCUUAGCUUUAUUUGUGUAAAUUAUCAAGUGCAGCUCAGCAUGUACAGUUUUUUAUAAAGGUUUGUGUAAUGUAUGUUAAAUUGCUAUGUUGACUUUUGUGUUAAAUUCGUUCUAGCUGUAUUUUAGAACAUAAUACAAAAACAAAUGCUGAUAUUCAU